GCGAACCAUUGAAAAAAAUUUGUGGUGUCUUGAGAAAGCGCAAGCGAAAACCUCACCUCCCGGCUCCCACUUCUUUCCCAUGUUUCCAUCACAUAGUGAGGGAGCUAAGAAUUAGAAAGAUCUUUGACCAAAAAAAAAAAAGAAUUAGAAAGAUCAAUGGCACAGCUGAGUGUGGGUCUGGGAGGAAUGUCUGCAUACAAAUUCCAACUUCACAUCCCUUUCUAUUCCUCCUUCUCUUCCAUUUCCAUUCCCAUUCCCCCCUUCAACAUCAAACCCUUUACUCGCACUGCCCUUCGUCAUUCUCAUCAUUCCCUCUCCCUGCUCCGUUUCCGCUCUCCCACUCAUUGCAGCAAAAUCAAGAACUCAGAUUUGGUGCCGCAGCUGGAACUUGGGAAGCCAGAAAACAAAAGGAAACCCGAGAAGCGAGCCAGCGGAAUAUUCUGGGUCAUACUCCUCAACAUCGGGAUAUUUGUGGCUGACAAAUUUUUUCAGGUUAAUGGCAUUAAGGCUAUGUACCUGUACCACAACCGGCCUUCUUGGUACCAGUUUGUCACGGCAACAUUUUGCCAUGCUAAUUGGAAGCAUCUUUCUAGCAACCUUUUCUUCUUGUACAUUUUUGGAAAGCUUGUUGAAGAAGAGGAAGGAAACUUUGCUUUGUGGCUUUGUUACAUUCUUACUGGUGUUGGAGCAAAUCUUGUUUCCUGGUUGAUUUUACCAAGAGAUAUAGUCUCUGUUGGAGCUUCUGGUGCUGUUUUUGGGCUAUUUACUAUUAGUGUCCUUGUAAAGAUGUCCUGGGAUUGGAGGAAGAUACUUGAGGUGCUUAUAUUGGGUCAGUUUGUUGUAGAGAAGGUCAUGGAAGCAGCUCAAGCUUCAACAUCAUUAACCGGAACCUUUCGCGGAGGCUACUCAUUGCAAAGUGUCAAUCAUAUUGCACAUCUUUCUGGUGCCCUUGUUGGUGUGCUUUUGGUUUGGCUCCUUAGCAAGGUUCCUUCCGAUCCUUCUGACCAAUAAACCAAUUUGCGCAAGAAAGCAGGCCGAACUACAAAUGUUACUUCGCUCAACCAAUAUUUCAAAUUACAAGUGUCAUAUAUUUUGCUAUUUCUGUAAAUAAUAACAGGAACAUAUCAAUUGGGGUACGGUCUUAAAGAGAAUGCUUACUACAGGUUUUCCUGAUGCGGAAAACUUGGAACUGAGAAAGAUUCCGUGUAAUGCUAGAAGAUUUGUUGAAUGUUGUGAAUGAUCAUUUACAGCGAAGAAUAUAUAUAGAAUAUUCUUUUACUCUA